UCUUUUUUCAGUUAAGCACAUUCCCCUGAGGACGUCAGCUGGCACAAUAGGCAGAAGUGUGAAUUAAGAAGGUCACAAUGUCAAAAACAAAGAUAUUUUUUGUCAGUGUAGUAGUUAUCUAUGCUGAGAUAGUGGCGAGUUGUGGAGGCAAAGGAAAUAAAUGGGAUCGUUUGCUGGUGAAUUUCCCGAAUCCGACGCCACUUCCGCGGACGGAAGAUCAAGCUUUAAAAGAGGGAUGGAGAAACGACGCCUCGUGUGACUCUCAAAAUCCAUUUUAUGGAAACAGAUAUGCUCUGGGCGAUGAUAUUUCCACGAGGUUGUUAUUUGAUUCUGAAGGAAACCUCGCUGGAAUACAAGGGACGAUUACAGAAUCAGAUGACCUUAUCCUCUCACCCACCCGACCCCGACCGUCGGCUUUUGUCAAGGACGAUCAUGGCCACUACCUUUUGACGGCGUACUUCACUAAAAAGCCUCAACACAUCUGCAAGAAGAAGCCUCAACGUAAAGGCGAGGACACUCUUGUCAUCCAGACUAGUGACGUCAGAUUGUGUGGCAAACCGAGGUUUAUGGAAAUUCCUCUUGAGGAAAAGAAGCUGGACAGCAAAUGGGUGCAGGGACAAUGCUUUAGGAACAUGGGAGUCCACUACUGGUACGAUAUUUCCGAAAACAUGCACUGUGACCAGUCCUACCCAGUGUUUCUGUUGUACGAUCCGGUGACUCGCCGGCUCAAGUCUUUUGGAUGGGCGGCAUUAGCUAACCUCACGAGUCCUAUGUGGGAGCACCCUCCAAUCAAUUUUCUAAGGGUCUUCUUCAAACCUCCGGUGCCCAAAUGUCUGCUGAGCAGAAAAGUAAUUUCAACUCAGCAUAUUUAUCUCACCGAUCCGAAUCAGUUAAUUUGCAGCAAGUAAAAGAGUAAUCAUUUAAUCACUUGAUGGUGGAGCACUUGACAAGUGCCUGAGUGCACGGGCUGCGCACGUGAUUGCAUUUACCCGAUGGUCAUUUCCGUCAUGUGAAUAAAGAAGAAUAAGCUGAUAAAGUAGCAGUUCUGUUGUUUU